AUGUCGAACCAAGCCAAAGAGGAAGAUCAAAUGGAGUGGGAGUGGGAUACUGGAGUUAUGGAUUGGGAGGUCGAUAAUGCUGUUGCAGACUGGCAGAGGCUCACCAAUCCAUCUCUAGAUCGCCAGAACGAGCCCUCUUAUCACAGUCCGCUCUCAGUUUCGAUGAAUUCCCAGAGCCACAGUUAUUCUCAGGAUCAGCAGGACCUUGACAUGCUGGAUAGGCCAUUCGAAACUGGUGAUAUGGAGUGGCAGGUUGAAGAUGAAGCUGCAGUCAGGAGAAUAUUCACCAAUGUAUCUCCAGACCGUCAGAGCCAGAGGGAUCAUAACAGCCCACUGGCAAGUAGUCCCCAAAAUCAAAACGCUGGCGUUAAUCAGAAUAUUUUAGAUUAUGCAAUUGAUGGUAUGGAUGUCGAAGAUACGGCUAUUCAGUUUGACGAUUCACUUCUGGACCUUGACAAUGCCGCGGCGCAGGUGGAUGAUACAGCCAUGGAAGUCAACGAAACAGUUUUAGACUAUCAGCCUAACGACGCGACGGACUCUUGGGUCAAGGCUUUAUACGAAUGUGCACUCUACCAGGAUGCACAGAGUUCAUGGUGGAUGGUCUUCAUUGCGAAUAUCACAAGCAGCAGCAAAUACUAA